AUGAGACAAAUUGAGCUAUGGGAUUUUUCCGAUUUUGGAAACAAAGUUUCUCUUCGGUUCGAAGAGAAACUUUGGAUUCCAAAACAUAUAUCUCCAGUCAUUGAACAGUCGAACGUCGUUGUGAAUGAUGAUAUUCAGACCUUAAAAUACCAAAGUGGUAAAAUCAUCAUUCUCAGCAAGGACGACAGUGGAAUGCUCAACAUAACAUCGGGUAAAGCGCUUUUGUAUGUGGAAAUGGCGUUGAAGAAUAAGUCGGGGAAUCUGAGAGAUAGGAUGGCGUCAGACGAAUUUUCACAGCGAUGCUCUUCGCUAAUAAAGAUCAGAACUCGAUUGCUGAAAUUUUGA